GGAACCCCCAGCCGAGAUCGGAAAUUCUAAAAAGGCUGAUCCGGAACCCGACCUUGCCCCUACCUAUUAGCCCAUACCUAAAGGUACCUAUUCCGUUAUUCCGCGCUAGAUCUAACGGACCGCAAAAAGAUCGCGAGUUAGCUGCUUACCCGGACCUGGAAAUUGACAGCCGUCAUUCCAAUAAAGUUCACACACCUUGUCUGAACUUUCCAACGGCAACAGCAAAUCCAUUCCAUUCCAUAAUGUCGUCACAACCGCAACCGUCAGAACAACCCUCGAAACCCCCUCCAUCCCCCUCCCCCUCCUCUUCCUCCUCCUCAACAACAACAUCCCCACCCGCAUCCUCAGGCGCGCUCCCGCGUAACCUCGAAAACGACCCAGCACGAACCGGCUUCGACCCACAGACAGCAUGGUGGGUCAACUACUUCAAGAUCCUAACGGGCGGCGUGACCGACGAAGGCGUAUUCCACUACCGCGAGUGGCGGUACCGCGUGCACGAGGAGCGUGACUGCAAGCGCUGCGAAGAGUAUCGGGACUGGGCGUUUGCGCACUCGCCGACCGUGCGCUUCAUGCGCGAGAAGGUCGAGGCUCUGAACGGACGUCUCGACAAGGACAACGUCGUGUGCCGCCGGUGUCCCGCCCGCCUCACAGACGACGGCCAGGUCCAUCGGUCUUCUGGCGGGUUCAGUCCCGACCAUGGCAUUUUGAUAUGUGCCAAUGAGGUCCGGAAUCGUGGGCACUUAGAGGAUACCCUGGCUCAUGAGAUGGUGCAUGCUUGGGACCAUUUAAGGUGGAAGGUCGACUGGAUGGGCGAUAAGGACUUGAAGCAUUCGGCUUGUACAGAGAUCCGAGCAGCAAUGCUGAGCGGCGAGUGUAGAUGGGCUAGGGAGGCCUGGACGAGAGGGAACUGGAAGUUAACGCAGCAGUUCCAAGACUGUGUGAGGAAACGGGCAGCGCAAUCCGUCUUAGCUCGGCCGCGAUGUAAAGACGAUGUACAAGCAGUCAAAGUGGUGAACCAAGUGUGGGACUCAUGUUUCUCGGACACCCGGCCCUUCGACGAGGUCUACAGAUGAGCGAAACCGAUCGAAAACUCGCUUUCGGGCAAACGCUGUAUCUAUCACCUGUACUAUAAUUACCCUCCCGUCGGGAGUCUAGCCAGGCGGCGAACAAGGUCUGCGUUUGUAACUUCAAAUGAUGGUACGCAAU